AUGGGUCCUGACACUCAGGGUAGCUAUCAAGCUCCAAAGUCCAACUCAGGAGCGAAGUGGACGUUGAAAGAGGAAAAUUUCCUUGUAAUCAAUGCCAUGGACCCGAAUGUUUCGAACGACUGGCUGUUAAAAAACCUACCAGGGGGGAAUGCAAGGUCUAUUAAUUCCAUUUCUGGUCACUUUAAUGAUAUGCGACUAAAAGGUCGUCUCUCCCGAAGCUGGAGAGCGAAACAUUGGAACCACGAUAGACCGUGGACCAUCGAAGAGGACGCAGAAAUCCUCUUAUGGAAUGUGUCGGGGCGCGCAUUCAUCGACACGGAGAAGUUUUGCGCUAACGACCGCGCUGGUGGUGCAGUGCUUGAGAGGGAAAAGUAUCUUUGUCAAGAUCGAGAGCUGGUUGAAACAGUGGCACAGAUUGAAGAGAGGCUGAGACUAAUCUUGCUCGAGCACGACAUGAUCAACGCCGAAGCAGACAGAGUUAUGAUCCGCCAGGCGGCCAUAGAGGUGCGACGUGAGGAAAAAAAUAGCAUAGAUGAGAUAUAUACUGCGAUAAGAGACUCGCUAAAAGCACGAGAGGUCGAAGAACCGGGACAUAAUGACGAAAACGAUAAAGGAAAAGGGAGGGCUUGUUGA